AUGAUCGAGGCGCUCCUGCGCAUCGUGCAGAAGCGACCAAAGCUCAUGGACAUCUCGUAUGUCGAGGACUGGAAACUGCAGCGCUUACCGGCUGACCCAGCGCUGCGGCAUCGAAGCUUCCACGCGAUGCUAGACGCCGAGUACGAGCGUCUCGAGAGCGUCUUUCUUGCCCAGCGACUUUACGACGCCACCGAGAUUGGUACCCACACGGCCGUCACGUUCGAUAACGACCAGCUCUUGCUUACGUGCACGAUGGUGUACUCAUUUCACGCAAACGUUCAGCUCGUGGCCAAGGCGUUCUGGGCCACGUUUGCGCUUGAGAGGUCGUUGACACUCGAGUCGGGCGCGCUUGUGCCGCUGCCAGGCGUCGAUGAGUCGACGUGCUACAUGGAGCUCUUUCUGCGCUUCCCCGGUGACUUUGAGCUGCAUGGCAACAUUGCUUGCAAGCGCUACGACGAGUCAGACACGCGCGUUGUCUUCGCGACCAAGUCUGUCCUGGAAGACGAGGUGUACCCGUACCCACCCGAAGUCUACGUGCCCCAAGAAACGGGCUGGUUUGUCGUCGAGGCAGUGAGCGCCAACGAGAGCUGCAUCAAAUAUUACAGCCGUGGGCACGUGCCGUGCAAGAGCUACCGCGAUGCGUCCUAUGCGAUCGAUCGCGAUCUGAGCUUCUCGGCCCUCGCUGACCUUGUCCUUGUUGGCUACCGCAACAACAUUCGGACGCUGAAAGCGGUCAUGGAUCAGCAGAUUGACAAGUGGACAUCGCCACUCAGAACGUCAUCCGAAACGAUAUUGCCAUGCAUGCCAUCGAUCCAAUAG